AUGAAAUAUCACAUUGUAUUAUUAUUUUUAUUUUUAUUAUAUUUGUUAAAUGGGACAUUUUCAAACAAAAAUAAAAAUGUAUUAAGUUAUGAAGUAGUAAGUAGUAACAAUAAUAAGUAUGCCUUUUUGAAAAAUAAUGAAUAUAAAAAAAAAUACAUACAAAGACGAAAUAGUCAUAAAGAAACAAACAAAUAUACAAAUUUAUACACAAUUAAAAAUCCAUUAAAAUGUAAAAUUAUAAAUAAAAUAAAAUUAGUUAGAGAGAAUGCAAAACAUAUAGUAUAUAAUCUUGAUAUAAAUCAUAACGGACUUUUCAAAUAUAUAGAGGGGCAAACAUGUGGAAUUAUUCCAUAUUAUUCUGAUCAGAAUAAUGAAAUUAAUAAUACAAAAAUAGAAAAUGAUGUAAAUAGUAAACAGCAUAAUACCAAACCAAAAAAAGGUGCAAGAUUAUAUUCUAUAUCUUCAAGUAACUCAUAUAAUAAUUUAUCUGUUGCAAUACGAAUGCAUAAAUAUGAGGAAAAUGUAAAUGGAAUAAAUAAUAUAAAAUAUGGUUAUUGUUCAGGUUAUAUAGAAAAUUUAAAAAACAAUGAUGAUAUAUAUUUAACUGGGCCACAUGGUAAUUUCAUUUUACCUGAUAAUAUUAUUAAAGAUAAUAUAAAUUUAAUUUUAAUUGCAACUGGAACUGGUAUAUCACCAUAUAUAGGUUUUUUAAAAAAAAUAUUAAUGUAUGAUGAAAAUAAUCCAAUAAAAAAAAGUCCAUAUUCUGGUUUUAUACAUUUAUUUUAUGGAGUUUAUAAUGAAGAUUCAAUUUUAUAUUUAAAUGAAUUAGAACAGUUUAAAAAGUUAUAUCCUAAUAAUUUACAUAUACAUUAUGUUUUCUCUGCUAAUAGAAAAUCAGAAGAACCCUCAUUUUAUGUACAAGAUGAAAUACUUAAAAGGAAAGAUGAAUUCUUUCACCUUUUCAAUGAUUAUGAAACAGAGCUUUAUAUAUGUGGUCAUAAAGCAAUAAAACAACAAAUUGUUAAUAUUUUAAAAAGUGAUCAAAAUUUUGAUAUAGAGAAAAAAAAAAAAGUACAUAUUGAAGUUUAUUAG